CUACAAUUAGUCGUUAAAACGGCGUAUCCCAAUUUUUCAGCGACAACAAGUCAACAACCCCCCUUUACCUGGAUCGAAACUUCGAAAGUCGAAACCUUAACCAGUUGUUAUUUUACAAAAUCAUUGACGCUACAGGACACUGUUUGCACUCUGUAAUCUUGUUAGAUAUGAAAUAGUAUCUUGGUAGAUCUAAGCCCAGAAUACUACCUAGCCUAGGUAGUAUACCUACUAGCUACUAUUCAUUGCAAUCUUGGCUAGAUUACUAGCCGAUUUCUAGCCAGGCUACCUAGCCUAUUUCAGACAGUGUACGGGCUCAAUGGUUACGAAAUAUAUCGUCAUGGGUAAAGUAAUCCCAACCCAAUUGAACAACUUUAUCCGAUCAGGGUUAUCGUUUUUUUCAAGGACUAGGUUUUCAACGGGAUGCAACAACGAACCAUCGAAGUCUGUGGGAAAGACAUACAGAGACCACAUCCUAGCUGAAACAGAUUUAAGCCGAGAUCAUUUGACUCCAGAAAUACAACUUUACCUCAUUACUCAGAACUGCCGGUUGUGGAGGGCACGUCCUGAAGACUCGCCAUUUUGUGAACCCUUCUGGGCAUUUUACUGGCCUGGUGGACAAGCUCUCUCUAGGUACCUACUUGAUAAUAAAGCUGUUGUAAAAGGGAAAAGGGUACUUGAUUUUGGCACUGGCUGUGGAGCAAGUGGAUUGGCAGCAAAGUUAUCUGGAGCAGGGCAUGUUACUUUCAAUGACAUUGAUCCAAUUGCUGCUGAAGUUGUUUUGUUGAAUGGCACAGAAAACAAGAUAGAUAUUGACAAUUUCUCAACGGUGAAUCUAAUUGGAUCAUGCUGCCAAAAUUUUGAAGUCCUACUGGUAGGAGAUAUGCUAUAUGAUACAGAAUUUGCUGAUGAAGUUUUAAAGUGGUUGAGAAGUGAGCAUGAAAAGUCAUUUAUUUUCUUGCAGGGGAUCUGUUGUCUUUAUUGGCGAUCCAGGGAGAUUUGCACUGGAAUCCCAUCCAUUGAAGUCAAGUUUGAAGUGUUUAGCAAAAUACGAAUUGAAACCAUCGACUGUAUUAGAAAACAAUGGGCAUGUCCAGGCUUUUGUGUGGACAUUUAAAUAACAUACUUUUCUACUUAAUUUAUGUGAUUUAUUCUCUGUGAUACAUGAAGUUUAUGAAUGCUGUGAUAACUGUCUAUUUAUAUAUUUUGUAUGUUAAGUACUUUUUGGCCACCAUAAACAUGAAAAUGUAGUGCUCUAUAGUUAAUGCUCGUCAAUACUCGUGAAAUUGUUGACAUCAUUGCUGAAGCGCAGUGUGUCUUUGUUUGUGUGAUGGAUUUUAGUAUUGUAUAAUAAAAUUUUUCAUUUGUGAAUUCAGAUGCCACUUGUGCAAGUCUUUUGAUAGGAAACACUAUGUAUAUUUUUAGAUUAUUUUGUUCUAAACUUCUGAUUAAUUUUUUCCUCAUUCUACAUAUUUUUAUAAUCAUAGAGGACUUUGUUAUUAGAAGGAAGAUAUGUUAAGUUAAAAAUAAAUUAGUAAUAUUGUAA